AGGAGCGGCGGGAGCAGGAGCGGGAGCGGGCGGCGAUGGCGGGCCGGCGCGGGGCACUCAUCGUGCUGGAGGGCGUGGACCGCGCCGGGAAGAGCACGCAGGGCCGCAGGCUGGUGACCGCGCUGAGCGCCGCCGGCCACCGCGCCGAGCUGCUCCGCUUCCCGGAAAGGUCGACGGACAUCGGCAGACUCCUGAGCUCCUACCUGGAAAAGGAGAGCGACAUGGAGGACCACUCGGUGCACCUGCUGUUCUCUGCGAACCGCUGGGAGCAAGUGCCUUUAAUGAAGGAGAAGCUGAGCCAGGGCGUGACCCUUGUUGUGGACAGAUACGCAUUUUCUGGUGUUGCCUUCACAAGUGCCAAGGAGAAUUUUUCCCUGGAGUGGUGUAAACAGCCGGACGUGGGCCUUCCCAAACCAGACCUGGUCCUGUUCCUUCACUUAAAAUUGGCAGAUGCUGCCAUGCGGGGAGAGUUUGGCCUUGAGCGCUAUGAGAAUGGGGCUUUCCAGGAGCGGGUGCUGCAGCGUUUCCACCAGCUCAUGAAGGACACAACUUUGAACUGGAAGAUGGUCGACGCUUCCAAAAGCAUUGAAGAGGUCCAUGAGGAAAUCCGCACACUCUCCGAGGACACCAUCCGCACCGCAGUACAGAGGCCGCUGGGGGAGCUGUGGAAGUAAACCCAAGGCUGCCACUCCAUGGAGACGCCUGCUUCCUGCAGCCCCUCAAGAGGCGGAGACACUUGUCAAAGGCUCGUGGACACAGCCGUAUUCGUAUUCCACAUUUCAGGAGCUGUUUCACAGCAGCAGAGACCCACAUGUUGCCUUUUGUGAUCUGGGGCUGGGGUGCACCCAGGACCCCUGCAGGUAAGGACCCUGGCAGUGCAGACGCCAAGAAAUACGAUGGACCAGUCUUCCUCUGCUCUCUCCUUUAACCUGUAGAUAUUACUUUAUUAGUGUAUUUUCUUACUAAAGUUUAAUGAUUACUCUAUCUGAGCAGUUUCAUUGAGACCAUGGAAAUGGCAAUCAGUUGGAAUUCUGAAUUUCUUACAAGCAUUAAUAAAAAU